ACUGAAGAAAUAAAUAUAUGCAACUUAAGUAAGUACCUUCAAUCACUCAGAAAAACAAAAAACACAAAAAUGGCAGAUACAAAUCGAAUAGAAGAGUUGAAGAAAUUCGACGAAUCAAAGAUCGGCGUGAAGGGCCUCUCCGAUUCCGGCAUCACAACAAUCCCAAAAAUGUUCAUUCAUCCACCGGAAUCUCUGCCCGACUUCAACCAAAUGAAGACUCAAACAAAUAUUCCGAUCAUCGACUUAGCUUACAUGAACUCCAAAGACCAUCGAGCCCGAAUCAUCAGCCAAGUGAAAGAAGCUGCCACCAACUGGGGCUUCUUUCAAGUGAUAAACCACGGAAUUUCUCAACAGAUACUUGAUUUAACACUUAAAUCCAUGAAAUCAUUUCACAUGCUGCCUUAUGAAGUGAAAUCGAAAUACUAUAAGCGCGAUGAAGCACAAGGUGUAAUGUAUACAAGCAAUAAUGAUCUCUACCGUUCAAAAGCUGCUUGCUGGCAUGAUUCAUUGCAGAUAUGGAUGGGGCCCGUGGCGGCUAAUAUGGAGGAGAUACCUGAGAUAUGUCGGAAAGAGGCGGUUGAAUGGGAUGCAAAUGCGAAAAUGGUGGCUGAGAAUGUGAUGGAGUUGCUGAGUGAAGGGCUAGGGUUGGAAGCAGGGAAGUUUAAGGAGUUGACAUUUAGUGAAGCUAGGGUCAUGCUGGGGCAUUGCUAUCCGUACUGUCCGGAGCCAUAUCUGACGGUGGGGAUCACACCGCAUACCGACCCCGGAGUGGUGACUGUGCUGCUGCAGGAUGAGAUCGGAGGGUUGCAGGUGAAACAUGGUGAUGAAUGGGUGGAUGUGAAGCAUGUCAAUGGUGGUUUGAUAAUCAAUGUUGGUGACUUUCUUCAGAUAAUAUCAAAUGGAGAGUACAAAAGUGUGCAGCAUAGAGUGUUAGCUAACUCAACAAAGGAACCACGAAUUUCAAUUGUUGAAUUUUUCAAUCUUACUAAGUGGAAAGGAGAUGGUUAUUAUGGACCUUUACCAGAGCUAUUAUCGCCUGAAAAACCACCUAUUUACAGGAAUUUCACACAGCAAGAGUUUCAUGAAAAUCUUUAUAGCAAAGGGAUUGAUACCAAAUCAUUGGUCCAAAAAAUUAAAAUAGAAAAUUAAAAUCUUAUUAUUACCAUUAAUAAUAUGAUUGCAAUAUUCUUCGUUAAGUUCUGCUAUUAAUGUAAUAAAAAAGAUCAAUGAUUUCAUAUUGUUACCCAUCUUAU